GAGGCGGGAGGCGGGACCUGGCCCCGCCGGGCGGGCCGCGGAAGGGCCGACAUGGCCGGGGCCCGGCAGUGGGCCCCCCUGCUCCUGUGCCUGCUGCAGUCCGCUGCAGCGAGGCCCCGUUUGGCACCUCCCCAGAAUGUGACACUGCUCUCCCGGAACUUCGGCGUGUACCUGACGUGGCUCCCAGGACCUGGCAGCCCCCAGGACGUGACCUAUUUUGUGGCUUAUCAGAGCUCUGCAACCCCCAGACGGUGGCGAAAAGUGGAAAAGUGUGCAGGAAUCCGAGAGCUGGCAUGUUCUCUGAUGUGCCUGAAGAAACAAGACCUGUACAACAAGUUCAAGGGGCGUGUGCGGGUGGUCUCUCCCAGCGCCACGUCCCCCUGGGUGGAGUCCAAGUACCUGGAUUACCUUUUUGAAGUGGAGCCGGCCCCGCCUGUCCUCGUAGUCAGCCGGACAGAGGAGAUCCUGAGCGUCAAUGCCACAUACCAGCUGCCCUUCUGCAUGCCCCGGCCAGAUCUGAAGUAUGAGGUGGAUUUCUGGAAGGAGGGGAUGAGGAACAAGACCCGACUUCCAGUCACUCCCCAUGGCCAGCCCGUCCAGAUCCCCCUCCAGCCAGCCACCAGCGGACAGCACUGCCUCAGCGCCAGAACCAUCUACACCUUCGGUGACUCCAUAUACAGCAAGUUCUCUGAGCCCAUCUGCUUCUUCCUGGAGGUGCCAGGAGCCAACUGGACAUUCCUGGUGUUACUUCUGCUUCUGCUGCCACUGCUGUUGGUCAUUGCCACGGGGCGUGUGAUCUGGAAGAGCUUCCUGGGGAACCCCUGGUUUCAGCAGGCAAAGAUGCCACAGGCCCUGGACUUUUCUGGACACAGACACCCCGUGGCAACCUUUCAGCCCAGUGGCCCAGAGUCUCCAGAUGACUUGAUCCUCUGUCCCCAAAAGGAACUGACCAGAAGGGUCAGGCUGAUCCCUGGAGUCAGGGCCCCAGCCACCGUCCAGGCAGGAUCAGAGAAGGGCGGUGCUGAGGAAAAGAAAGAUGAGGAGGAGGAUGAGGAGGACACAGACGACAGCAUCAGCGUCCAGCCCUACCUUGAGCCACCUUCCUUCCUGGGGCAGGAGCACCAGAUCCCGGGACGCUCUGAGGCAGGGACAGCUCUGGUCCAGGCCGAAGGCUCCCCUGGUUGGGAUUCUUCAGACACAAGCUGUGCCAGCAGUGGGGGCUCGUCGCCCUGGGAAGAGGCUGGUUCUUCUGGCUAUUUGGCCAAGAAGGGGCCAGGCCAAGGGCCGGGUGUGGACAGGUGUCAGGAGCCCCUCCCACAAUCCGAAUUAUCCGAGGACUUGGGUUCUCUGGAAGAGCCCCCAAGAGAUGAUCUCUCCUCCUGGGCCAGCUGGGGCUCCUCGUCACCAGGGCUUAAGCUCAUCCCCGGGGAGCCCCCAAUUUCCCUUCAGACACUGACCUUCUGCUGGGACAGCAGCCCCGAGGAGGAGGAGGAAGAAGAAGAGGGUGGGAUGGAAUCAGAAAUUGAGGACAGCAGUGCCGGCAGCGGGGGGGCUGACAGCUGCCAGAGCACCGAGGUCAGGGGCAGUACACUGGGGCAUUACAUAGCCAGGUGACUGUCCCCUGGCUUCCCACUAAGUCUGGUGCUGCUGAGCUUCCCAAGGACCCAAGAUGCCACCGAGACUUGAGAGCCUGCGAGCAUCAUCAUUGAG